AUGCCUCGAAAAAGAAGUUCUCGCAAGAGAAUUAAAGGUGGAGGAUGGAAAGAGGAACUUGUCUUCGAGCCUGGAAUAUCGACAUCCUUUUAUCUAACGCAGGGUUCCCUAAUAGAGGAAAUGAGCGAAUUUAAUGGGAUUGACGAGUUCGAGGAACUUCAAAAAAUUUGGCUUUAUAAAAGACCUCUGAAGAAAGGGCAACUUACCCAGUUUAUUUUAAACCAUCAGUUUGUCGUGAUACGUUCGAAGCAUUGGUAUUGGUCCAUCGAGAAACACUGUGACAAAAUUCUCCUUCAAAGGAACAAAAGUUGUAUCAUGGUCAGAGAAUACGAAGAGGGAAUCCUCAGAAACACUCCAGUGGUCGAAAUAAAACAUGGUGGUAGCAAAGGAUCUAUGCAAGAUUUGAUCAAGUUUCUUUAUCGCAAGGACGAGCUAAAGAAAGCAUACCAUUGGAUGGAAGAUAAUUGUAAAGACUUAGCAAAUCGAGUGUUUAAUGAAUUUGUGGUCGAGAGUUCGGUGGGUAGAUCAUGGCAUAUUUGGUGA